AUGAGCGCUAGCAACCAGCUCUCCGGCGACUGGUACAACCAACUCGGCUCCAAGUUUACCCUGAUCGCAGAUGAGAACGGCGGUCUCAGCGGGGAAUACAACUCUGCCGUUGGGACGGCUGAAGAUUCCUAUAUCCUCACCGGGAGGUUCGAUGCGGAUCCGCAACCGGGCAGGGGCAUCUCCGUUGGCUGGGUGGUGACAUUUCGUAACAGCAGGCUCAAUGCGAAUUCUACCACGACCUGGAGCGGCCAAUACUUCGACGGUGAUAAUGAAAGGAUCCUCGUCCACUGGCUUCUGAGUUCGAGUACCACUCCGAGCUCCGUCUGGAGGUCAAUCAACACAGGACAUAGCACGUUUACUCGCAUCCCGCCCGACGCCGCUGAGAUCGCGAUGGCCCGGGCGCUUACAGUCGAUUCGCCGGACCCGGAGGAUAUACUUGCAGUGAUAGGAAUGUAA